AUGGGACAUCUCCUGAACGUCAAUUGUUGGGGGUAUAUAAAUUCCUAUGGUAUCUUCCAAGCCUACUACCAAGAGACUCUCAAUCUCCCCGCAUCUACAGUAUCAUGGACGGGCAGUGUUCAGAUUUUCUUCUUAAUGUUCAUUGGAGCAUUUUCUGGGCGAGCUCUCGAUGCAGGUUUCUACCGCCACACUUUGAUCGCCGGAUGCUUUCUUCAACUUCUAGGAAUCUUCUCAGUCUCGUUCGCAACUCAGUACUGGCAAAUCUUCCUUUCUCAAGGUAUUUGUCAAGGCUUGGGGACAGGACUUAUCUUCUGCCCUACGAUAAGUCUUGUCUCGACUUACUUCCAACGACGACGUAUGUUCGCAAUAUCGCUAGUUGCUUGCGGAGGAGGCACUGGUGGAAUCAUCUUUCCCCUUCUAGCUCAGAAACUGCUUCCGAGAAUCGGAUUUCCAUGGACGAUUCGAAUCAUGGGAUUUGUGGUCCUGUUCAACGUCAUUAUGGUCAUAACACUUGCUAGAACACGACUACCGCCACGACCAUCUGGACCGUUCUUGGAGAAAGCUGCCUUCAAGGAGAUGCCAUACCUAUUGUACACUAUUGGCACAUUUUUUGUGCUUUGGCCAGUGUAUUAUGCUUAUGGUUAUAUCAACAUCUUCGCAACAAGUAUAAUCCACACGACCUCGUCAACCAGCCUCACCAUCCUCUUAAUAUUCAACGCCGUCGGUAUUCCGGGUCGUAUUAUCCCAGCUCUUCUAGCAGAUCGCAUCAUCGGUCCUUUAAACACAUUCAUCCUCCUCAGUAUUAUCUGUGCCUUCCUCAUAUACGUUUGGCUAGCAGUCUCCUCCUUUGGUGGCCUCGUUACAUUCGUAGUAAUCUACGGAUUUAUGAACGCUGGCGUGCAAGCAAUAUUCCUGGGCAGUGUGUCUAGCUUGACCAAGGAUUUGAGUAAGAUGGGAACAAGGGUGGGCAUGGUGCUUAGCGUUGUAGCUUUCGCUUGCUUUACUGGUGGUCCCAUUGCGGGCGCGUUGAUUGAUAGGAUGGGAGGAGAGUUUGUUGGGGUUUGUAUAUUUGGAGGAACGUGUAUGGCUCUUGGGUCAACGAUCUUGAUUGGUGCUAGAGUGUCAGAAACGGGGUGGAUUUGGGGAAGAAAAGUGUAG